AGGCUCUCCUACAAGAAGAUCGAUUACACUGGCCAGCGUGUCCUGAUUCGCGUCGACUUCAACGUGCCUCAGGACCCGAGCAAGAUCACCAACACCGCUCGUAUCGAUGCCGCAUUGCCCACCAUCAAGUAUGCUCUUGACAAAGGCGCCAAGUCGGUUGUCCUGAUGUCGCACCUCGGACGGCCCAGUGGCAUCGGCUUAGAGGAAAAGUUCUCGAUGAAACCUGUCUUCGAAGUGCUUAAGACAAAGUUGGAAGCGCCUGUCCUGUUUGCCAGCGGCGAGAUGUGCGCGGACCCGGCGCCCGGCACGGUCAUUCUGCUCGAGAACCUGCGGAUGAACAUCGAGGAGACGGGCAAGGGAGAAAAGGACGACAAAAAGAUCAAGGCCGACGCUGCAAAGGUCAAGAAGUUCAAGGCGCAUCUCAGGCAGCUCGCAGACGUUUACAUCAACGACGCGUUUGGCACGGCCCACCGCGGCCACGCGUCGAUGCUGGGCGAAGGCUUUGCAGUCAGGGCGGCGGGAUCCCUCAUGUUCAAGGAGCUGGACGCCUUUGCCAAGGUGAUCGAUGUGCCGGCAAGGCCGGUGCUCGCG